CUUGUUUUGAAAGGCCGGGUGACUCAGCCGCGUCUCCGCGGCCGGGGCGGGGGCGCACGGUGGCCGGAGCUGGUCGGUGGCUCCCGGGCUCGGUGGCCGACGGCGUGGCAGCAAGCGACCGGCUUCCUUUCCUUCUAAGAAUGAGUGUUCGCCAGGGCAGUGAUGACGACUGGCUAUUGCAGCCAGAGCUCAGCUGCCUGGGAGAUGAGACCUUAGCUGCCACUCAAGAGAAAGCCAGCAGCAGCUCGGUGUCCUCUGGUCUUCAUAGUCUCACUUGUCCCCUAGCUGCCAGGAGUGAAGACCUUGCACUCGACUAUGCUCCUCAGCCAGCAGCAAGCCUUCAGUGUCCUCACAUAAUGUCGCUUCCUGAAGACAGCAAGGGCUCGUGCUUCCAGAGCGGGAGCAAGCGAAGCCACGAGCCCUUUGUAGUUCCAGAGAGAUUUGGAAAUGGCGGCUUAGGUUUUGGAGGCAGCUCUCACUCUCAAGCCCCAGAGAAAGUGACACUUCUUGUGGACGGCACCCGUUUUGUGGUGAAUCCUCAGAUUUUCACUGCUCAUCCGGAUACCAUGUUGGGAAGGAUGUUUGGGCCAGGCAGAGAAUACAACUUCACAAGGCCCAAUGAAAAGGGGGAGUAUGAGAUCGCAGACGGGAUUAGCGCCACUGUGUUCCGCACAGUUCUGGAUUAUUACAAAACUGGCGUCAUCAGCUGUCCAGACGGCAUCUCUAUCCCAGACCUCAGGGACACGUGCGACUAUCUCUGCAUUAACUUUGACUUCAACACUAUCCGAUGUCAAGAUCUCAGUGCUUUACUGCACGAGCUGUCCAACGAUGGUGCCCACAAGCAGUUUGACCACUACCUCGAGGAACUGAUUCUGCCCAUCAUGGUGGGCUGUGCCAAGAAAGGCGAGAGAGAGUGUCAUAUUGUUGUGCUAACAGACGAGGACUCCGUGGACUGGGAUGAAGACCACCCCCCACCCAUGGGGGAAGAGUAUUCCCAAAUUCUUUACAGCUCCAAGCUCUACAGAUUCUUCAAAUAUAUCGAGAAUCGAGAUGUUGCUAAAACUGUGUUAAAGGAACGAGGCCUCAAGAACAUUCGCAUUGGAAUUGAAGGUUACCCUACCUGUAAAGAAAAGAUUAAGAGGAGACCUGGUGGGCGGUCUGAAGUUAUCUACAAUUACGUGCAGCGCCCUUUUAUCCAGAUGUCAUGGGAAAAGGAGGAGGGAAAGAGUCGCCAUGUGGAUUUCCAGUGUGUUCGCAGCAAAUCCCUCACUAAUUUGGUGGCUGCUGGAGAGGAUGUCUUGGAAGACCAGGAGAUAAUAAUGCACCACCCACCUCAGGUGGACGAGCUGGACCGCUUAAACGCUCCACUCUCUCAGAUGGCUCCGAAUGACUUUCAAGAUUAGAGACAAAGAUGUCUGCCCAUUGCUGGAGCUCUUCUCCAGGUACCCCAGCACCUCCAACCAGGCCUCCCUGCCCUCCCAUGGGUUCUCACCAUUAGGAGAUACUUCUUCCUGUCUCCUUCCUUUCUGAGUUAUUAAUGUGCCCUUUCUGGGUCUGCCUCUGGCUGGGUGAAGAAGCUCUCUGGUAAUUAGGUGAUCAGUUUUACCAGCCCUGGCAAACAAACAUUUUGGGUCUGGUGCUCUUGGUUGAAUCUUUGGAUAACUGCAGGAGAGGAAGUGGACUGUUACCUCAUAUUUGGCACAGGAGCCCACUCUUACACUUGGUGGGUGGUUUUACAUCAAACAAAUUGCUUAAUAGCAAAAGGACCAAAUGUCAGAGGAGUCUGUGCUGGGGCGGGUGUGCCCCCCUGCGGUGUGCUUGGGUGGGUGUAAGGCUGGGCCUGGGCACUGCAACCGGAUGCCAUCUGGAUAGAAUGUCUGAGGAAUUCCCAAGAGCUCCAGCUCAGCUCUGCUCUUCACUAACAUGGAGCAAACCAACCCAGAAGACAGGAGCAGUGACCCAGCAGUGUGCUUGUGCAGCCUAUGCUUCAUUUGGAAGGGAAACCUGCAAAUGAGGCGGCAGAAUGGCUUCAGAUCAGGCCAGCUGGACCCUCUCCUCUGGUGGGAAGCCACAGUGCUUGUCUCUGGGGAUGGCUCAUUGCUGUGGGUGUGGUUGCUUGUUCCCCUCCUCGAGCUCCAGGGAAAAGGCAUCGGUAGUGAGCUGGGCAGGUGCUGCCUCAGAGUUCUCACACCAGUAUGCUCAGUUUUCUUUUUAAACAGGCCAUUAGCUACUGGAACAUGGUAAGAAAGUAAUACUGUGGUCAUCUCCAAAAUCAGGUCCAGGCCUUGUUAUUUUGUUUAUCUGUUCACGCUUACAUGUGUGGUAGAUGGCCGUCCAGAUCAUUCCCCAGUCCCUUCGUCUGACAUUUCCAUGGCUGUUUGCAGAGUCAAGAGCCAGACAGCAAUGUCUGGGAUUAUCUUACUUCCUGGUAGAAGCUGACCUUUGAGUCCAUCCUCCACCCUGGGCAUUUUCCCAUCAUAGGUGAUGUGUAAGCUGUUUGCUUCAAGCUCCUUAGAGAACAUGUUUGGUUUCUUGAAGGCUGCCCCCAUAAGACACUGUACAGCAGAACUACUUGAUGGAUACAGUCAGGUUUUGGAAGCCCUCUCUCCAGCAUUGAAGAACAAGAGUGUUCUUAAAACAGUGUUUUCUGUGCUCAUGGCAUCGCAGUGGGAGUUGGACGAUAUCCUCCUUCCUCAGAAAAUAACUGAAGGGUAACUAGGCGGCUGCAGUUUGUGUGGUGACUAUUGGUAUCGGCGAGGCAGCCUCCAGAACAUGGGCUGAGGUUACUUCUGUGAAGUUGCUUGGCUUGUGUUUGAGGCCAGGUCUGGCUUUGAGUUUGUUGGUGCUACAUGGUUGCCUACCUGCAGCUGUCCAGCCCAGGCCCAGGGUCAGCGGUGCUUCCUGUUUCUCCGUGGCCACUGGAGUGAGCGUUAUCUGAUGUGUGUGAUGCUCAGGUGUGAGCACAGUCCUCUCUGUCCUCUGGAGGUGGUUCACUGGCUCCGGCCUUUUAUGAACUAGGUUUUAACCCCGACACUCCAGCCCAUGGAGUUUGAGUAGGAGUCAAUCUAAAAGCUGCUCCAGUGACACUGGGUGGUGGCGACUAGAGAAAAGGCUGGGGAAAUAGGCUCCUUGUGGAGAGGGAAGCUUUUUUGUACCUCAGCCCCACUCUUACCUACAUUUUGGUGUCAUUGUAGUUUGGUGUCUUGCCUACUGUUCUCAGGGUUGGGACACUUUUUUUUUCCUUUUGAUUUUGGGGAGGGGAGGAGUAAGGUGGGGUUAAAACAAGGGUUUCUCUGUGUAUCCCUGCCUGUCCUGGAACCCACUCUGUAGACCAGGCUGGCCUCAGAUUCAAGAGAUCCACCUGCCUGUCUCCAGAGUGCUAUGAUUAAAGGUGUGUGUCGCCACUGCCCGGCCCCAAAUUGGGGCAUUCUUUAGUGGUGGGACCUUGCAGGAUCAAGGGCUGGAUUACAGUCAUUUUUGGAGUGGAUUACUGACUAUGUGUGAGAGAGGACCUUUCUCAUGAAGAGAUGGAUUUGGGGCUCAGUGUCUUUUAAGUGCCUGAAUAAGUAAGCUGGGCUCUGUGCACAGAAAGCCUCAUGAGAAAGGUGACUUUACACCUCAGAGUCUCAGAGUAUCUUACAAGAUAAAAGAUGAACCUGAUCCUGAGGCCUGACUCUUCAGCAUGCCCUUGUUACAUCUUGAGUGGUUGACUAGGAACACCUGCAUUAAAGAGGUGGUAAACAGGCAGACACAGUAUUAGAACGAAGCAAAUGGGGGUGAUGGCAGAAUCUGAGGAAGAUAGGAGGAACUGGGUACAGCAGCCAAAAUUACUUUCACAGCAUCUCAGGGGAUGCUGUGUGAUGUCUGAUAUCAGUGUACAGGCCUGAGAGUGCUCCGCAGGAAACCCAGUGAGGGCCGUGAGACACUCAAAGGAUGUGUCUUAGGGGGAAAUGUUCAGAGCAAAGGCUUCAGCUCAAGUGGAGAGUUUUAGUGGUGGCCAUCAACAGCUUCUGAGGUGGGUGCAGGGACUCAGCAGGAAGCUGCUGUUUUCCCAGGAGGCAGAGCCACUCUUGUGUCUAAUGGGAUCAUUCUGGAGAAUUAGUUUUCUCUUAAGGGCAAAAUGGUGUGGAUUUUGCCUCUUACAUUAUAUUUACUUUUGAAGUUGCACUUGUUCACCUACCAGUGUUUACGGAAUCCUGUGUAUGGGAUGCUUUUUCUAUAAUAAAGUAUUUUUAUUUGUG